AUGCACGAGGAGGACGAUGACUUCGACGUGCUGCUGCUAUUGACCGCCGCACACUCGCGGCGCGAAGCUUGUUUGAGCAGUGUCCGCCGUGAAGUGCACCAGCAGAUGAUAGAGGGCGCGUGGCGCGCUGCAAUGCGCACACGUCACUACUUGACGGUGUCAUGCUUGGAUGUACCCUGCGUGGCCGCGUGGAUGGCCCUUUACAAGAACGGCUUUGACUCAAACUUUCUGAAUGCUACUAGUCUGACGAGGUAA